AUGUCAGCGCGAUCACUUAGCGAUCAACUGGCCGAGCAAAGGUACAUCACGCAGGGUGUACAGCGCAUUCUGGCCCAGUUGCAAGCCACAUCUGAUCCAGUACCACCGUCAACAGCACGGACUCAGAAUUUUACAGAUGCUACACCUGAACAGCCGCAAUUCUUCCUCAUGCCACGCGAAAUCCGGGACGAGAUCUAUCACCUAGCCUUCAAUCAAGACCGGAGGAUGUUCAAGGUCACAUCACUCGCCUAUCUCAUGCAACGUAUCCGAGAAGAACGUCGUCGAUAUCAACUCCGUGUCCCUCAUUCGAUGAGCAACUCGACAACACGCACCAUCGCAGCGCGCAUGACACCCGACACAGUACCAGGCUGUCCACUAGAGCGUAUGCGAGUCUGCAAGCAGUUCUUCGACGAAGCUGCUUCAGCCUGGCUCCGAAGCCACACCAUUAUAUGUGGCGAUAACCUCGAAAGCAUCGAGGCAUUCAUGAGAUCGUCUGCAGUCCGAGCACAUCUCACUGGUCUGGCUUACCGCGCUGGAGGAAAUUUUCUGAUUCCUGAGAUUUCACCAGUCUUUAAGCACCUCUCAAAUCUGCGCACAUUCUCACUCUUGAUUGGAGACUAUUGCUUCGAUGACGUGAAGUGUAGACUGUGUUGGUUCCACGAUUUGCAGCCAAGGGACUUCGAACAAGUCACCUUCCCAGUCGAGAUCCUCAACAUCGAGACGCUGGAGAAGAUCAAGCUCGAACCGAAAGUCAGUGAGCUGGCAAUCACCCAACAGGAGCAGAACAAGUGGAAGCAUAACGUGGCGGCAUUCGAAAUCUUCUUGAACGCCGAGCUCAAGACCAGAGCAAUCUUGCGGGGAUCCCAGGGACAUCCAAGAAUUCAGGCGGUGAAACCCGCGAACAGCAUUUCGGAGGAGAAGAAGGCAAAAAGGGAGGCUUCGAGCAGGCAGAUAUCAUGGCAUAGGUACCUGUGGUAUCCCGUCAACCUGUGCUUGGGAGCUAUUGUGCUUGUUUUCUUGGUGGUCAUCAGCGUGCCGUGGUUUCUGCUGGCUGCGAAGUUAUUAUCAUCAAUCCAUGGGUAA